GACGAAUAGCGGCCAUAUUGUCGCUGGCUACACGCUGCUACUAUCUUCGUCCAUGAUCACACAUGAGCUCCUAGAUCGAAUAUACUGUAUGGGUUUACGAGUGGAAGUGAACUCAUUCUAUUUGUAUGGAUUGUGUAAAGAAAACAUGGACCAUUCUGAUAGUACGUUAGUGACGGUGACGGUGACUGAUCACUGACAGAUCACUCUCAGUAUUGCUGUUGACGCGAGCCAAAAAACAGCUAACGUUAACUACAUAUUUAAGAGUUACAUAUUUAACUUGGCUUACUUUAGCAUAUUUACCAAGUUAGCCUUGCAGAAUACAACAUGUUUGGAUGUCUCGUCGCGGGCAGACUGGUCCAAACAGAUGCCCAACAAGUGGCCAACGACAAGUUUAUUUUCAACCUGCCUGACUACGAAAGCGUCAACCACGUUGUGAUCUUCAUGCUGGGCACAGUGCCGUUCCCCACAGGCAUGGGUGGAGCUGUGUACUUCUCUUUUCCCGACCCAAAUUUGGGCCAAGUGUGGCAGCUUCUAGGCUUUAUAACAAACGAGAAGCCCAGCGCUAUAUUCAAAAUAUCUGGUCUAAAGGCUGGUGAAGGGGGAGUGCAUCCCUUUGGGAUGAUGCCAGUGUCUCAAGCCCCUUCAGUAGCACAGGUUGGGGUGUCGGUAGAGGCUGUGGAUCAGCUAGCCCAACAAACUCCAGCAGCUGCAGCAGCGGUUUCAACACUAGACACUUUCACCCAGUUCACCCAGAAGAUGCUUGAGAGCUUGUAUAAUUUCACCUCAUCCUUUGCUGUGUCCCAGGCUCAGAUGACACCAAAUCCAUCAGAGAUGUUUAUUCCUGCAAGUUCUAUUCUUAAAUGGUAUGAGAAUUUUCAGAGACGAAUGCAGCAGAACCCCUACUUCUGGAAGACAUGAAAUAUUUGUGAACAUUGAAUGAUGCCACAUAAAAUAUUACUGUGAUGGAGAAGAGAGCAGCUUUAGUAACCAUUACAGUGUACACCAUGACUCUUCAUGAGCCAAGAGACGGGACAUUUCUGUAUUGACAUGAAUGAUAUUGCAAGUCACACCUUUUUCUAUUGAUGAUUUCAUUAAACAUAAGCACUCUACGUGACUGCUCAUUGAAUAGAAAAGGGGUUGUCUUCCAAAGGUCUGGUUGAUGUUUGCCAUCACGUUUCAAACACGGAGUUAAGCUCAACGCCUACUGGUGGCAUCUGAUGCACGGCAAGUUAAGAGUUUAGAACAUGGUUUUAAUUCUUGAGCUUGGCUCCCAUGGCUUGGCUUUCAAUUAAAUUGACACAUUUUUACUGUCUUCAACAAUUUGUGCAUGACUUUUUACUUUUCUUUCCUUAGUAACCGUUUUCACCAGUAGACAAAUCAAACUAACGUUACCCAGCCUUUCUAGCAAGUAGUUAACGAAUAAAGAUGAAGACUUAACUGUACAGUGUGUAGUUUUUAGUGGCAUCAAGUGAUGAGUUGCAACCAGCUGAAUACCUAUACCCUUCACAAGUGGGUGCGAGUACCUAUGGUGGCU